GAGCGGGCACGACAGACAGGACGGCAGCAGCGGCGGGAUCAGGAGGGGGGGAGAGGCAGGCGGGUGAGGAGGGAGAGAGGCAGGGGGCGGAGGAGGAGCAGGAGGGGCAGCAGCGGCGGUUCGGCAGGGAGGAUCAGCAGCAGCAGCAGCAGCAGCAGCAGCAGCAGCCGCAGCAGCAGCAGCAGCAACAGCAGCAGGGCACGGGGGAGAGCCGGCGGGAGGAGGAGCAGCAGCAGCAGCGGCAGGGUGGCGGAGAGGGGCAGCAGCGGCGCGCGGGGGAGAGGGGCAGGGCGCCGCGAGAUGCUUUGAUGGUGAUUGUAGACGUCUCGGUGGCAGACCCACAGCGGGAGGGGAAUGCGCAGUUCAGGCGGAUGGCACCCACUCAGAUUGGCGGCGCAGCAGCUAGGCGGGUGCAGGACAAGCUGCGACACUGGAGGCCGGUGUUACAGGGGUUGCAGCCGGAUCCAGAGUUUUACGCCUGCGUAGUGGAGACUUUUGGGUGCCUGAGUCCCAGGAUGUCCCUUUGAUAUAGUCACACCCCCCCUCCCCUCUUCCCCUCUUCUCUUUCUCUCCUCUAUCUCGCUCUCUUCUCCCCCACUCUUUCUGCUACCUUCUUCCUUCCACUAUCUUCUCUUUCUUUCCUUCUCUAUCUCUUCUCUCUCUCUUUUUUUCUUCUAUACCUCUAAACGCUACUAUUCACACCCCUCCUCUCUUCCACCUCUCUCACCUCCCCCUUUCUUUUCCCUUACUCUUAUCUUUCUUGAUCCUCCUACUUCUUCUAUCCUUCUCAUUCUUUCCCUCUCUUUCUACCUUCCCUUCUCUUCUUUUCCUCUCUACU